GGUUGACUCUCUCUGGGGCCUCCGGGUGGCGCUAUUUCACUCUCAGGCUCUCCGUCUACAAGCUGAACGACUUUGUAGAAAAAUCAUUUUAACUCUUAAAUAUAGCAAUUUGGGGUCAACUUCGGUGUGAAGUGGGUGUUUUCUCGGAGGAGGGCGGCCAGUUCACGGAGUGGAAAGUGUCCGGUCGCAGGAUUCGCCUGGUCCCGCUGCUGCGUAGCGGAUUUAGCUCCGUGGCUAAACCCGACCGCCGCGUCAGCUCCGAGAACUCAACAGAAAAGUUUUUGGUCGGAGAGGAAAAGGAGCUCGGUGAGUUUUGACGCGACUUUGGUCGACGGCGUAUGCGUUGGAAGGACGGGUUUGGGUGGAAAACGAGCAAAUAAUUCGUUGUUGGAGCGGAAGCUUCGGUUAUAAAUGUCAGCCACCGCGUCUUCCGGGGGGUGGGGUGGGUGAAGAGGCGGCAGCGUCUGCCUUCUUCCACCCGUGGAUUCGGCGUUUCAGCCUGCUUUGACGGUGGCCAAGUGAGCCGAAUCUGAGGCCUGGCUCUCAGGCUUCUCACGGCCUCGAGUAGACCCCAAGCGCCGGGGUCGGGCGACUUGAGACGGCCUGACGGCGCCGCCUCCUUCGGGCCUGCACUCGCCAGUAUGGAGCGAAUGGAAGUGGAGUGCGCAGGCGCCACUGGGGGAGCACUGCGCAGGUCAAAUAGCGCCCCCAUGAUCACGAGCGUCAGCGACAGAGUUACGGUCCACGGUUCAGUGCCGUAUCCUCGAUUCAGACGAAGCAGCGUGUCUAUCAACCCCAGCUGUCCAUCACAGCUCAGUCCUCCCUCAUUCCACCUGAGCGAAAGAACACCACAAAAACAAGACGAGAACCUGGACGUUCUGCUUCGCGGGAGCCAGCAGAGACCUGGGUCUGCUUGUUCAUCCGGUCUGGUACCGGUACCUUCCCGGAGCCAGUGGCAAGAACAUGUACCCACGUGGUUGCAUGAUGGCGGAACGACUCCCAAUUCAUCCCCCAGCCCCACGAGAAGAUUCAGACCUUCUGUUGCAGUGCGGUGGCAGGCCACGCCUCUGAAAAGAAAAGGAGGGGCAGAGUCCGACGGGCCGCCCAAGAAGCUGUUUGUCGCCGGAGUCACCGACACCUCCCACUGCAGCAACAGUGUUUCUCCAGCAGAGGGCGCUUCUCAGGGGCCGACAGACGCUUUCGUGCCACACCAGAACCAGGGUCUCCUCAGCCCGUCUGCUCACGACGGACAUCACUGUUGACUCUCCAGUGAGCUCCAUCACUUGCUUAUGAUUUUUACAUGCCAAACGGACCUUAUAAACUCUCUGAGAGAGGCAGAGGGAGGGUGACCAUCAGGAAUGGCUGGACCAACCAACUGCUUGAGUUUUAUUCAAGACAGUCGACGCCUACUUGAAGAAACAGGAAGGUUUAAACAAACAAAAAAAUCAGACUUUGUUUCUUUCAUCAUAUCUGAGAAAGUCUAGCAAAGGUUUUAUAACCCACAUCCAGGUCUGUGUCCCAUUAGAAACUGGAAGUAGAGCUGAUUCUUUGAGGGUUCGGGCUACGAUGUCACAGGAAACCAGGUAAAGACAUUACUCAUCAGCCUCCAAGUCAAAAAGAGGAAUUCCCAAAGUUUAUUUUGAGCAGAAAUGAAGCUGAAAUAUUACUCACUUCAGUUUGAUCAAGUCAACAAUCUCAAGGUGUGACUCUGACUGCAAUACCAAUGAGCUGGCUCUUUGGCUGCAGGUUCGAUCCUGGGUCCGGAAUGGACUUUUCCUAUAUCCAGUGUGGGACAGUCACCUGGGGCCCCGUGUUUGAAUGGUUGAAGCUUUGUGUGAGGGGCCCGAGAGAAGUACAAAAGGUCAACGAUGUAAAGUGUUCCGGGAGUGAAGGUUGACUGAAGCGCCGGGGUCUGAAAACGUGACAGUUUGAGGCCAGGUCCGCUCAGGAAUCCUCCGCUCUCGCAGUGAUAGAUGGCGUCACAAGUGGGAUGGGAACAUGAAGAGGUAUCUGAAGGGUACUCUGGCGAGAGUAUUGGCCGAGAGCCUUGCAUCUGAAGGUUGCCAGUUAAGCACAAAUAUAGGUGGCACUUUUCAUCAUGUACGUUGUCCUACUAAAAUGUGGGACCAAUAAAGGAUAUCAAAUCUAAUCUAAUCUAAACGGUUGCUCCAAUUAACUUUUAAUCUUACAUUCCACCUGAUAAUUUUGAGUCACAGCCUCCUCAUCAGUGUUUCGUAGGACAGCCGGGGUGGACUCCGUAAGAAUGUACGAUAAAAGCAGCCGUGACUGAAGUAAUUGUUUCCCCAAAAAACAUUGUGUUGCUUUAUAUUAGAAACUGACUCAGAAGUCGUGUGAAUGUUAAACCAGGUGUUCGUGGCCACUGUGGUAACCAAAGACUAGACUCAUCUACAUGAAGACAGAAGACUGUAGUAAAGUUAAGGAAUUGGAAGAUGUACGCACAUCCAGCAUCAUAAAUGUAACCAAAUGUAAAUAUCAAACUCAGAACAUUUCUUUGUGAGAAGGUUAUGAACGUCGGGUUUUUAGAGACGUCCUUCUGUGCCAGAAUCUCCCCUCCAAAGAAUCUAUAUUUUUCUAUAUGUUCACUUUAAGAACUUGUGUGUGUUGUAAUUCCAAAAGUGUGGACGACAGUAGAAGCAAUGUGAUAUGAAGUCCCGGGAGACGUUCAACAUGUAAAUAUUUCCUUUCCAUUCCUCUUCGUCCCAGUUAGAAUUCUUGUAAACAUGAGUAUUUUGUUGCUUUAAGCAUUGAAUAAAGCAAUAUGUGCGUGUUUUUGAAAGAGUGAG